CGUGAGGGGAGGAAAAAUAAAUCAAAACGUCCGGGUGUCGCGGCGAAGCCUCUUUUCGUUUCCGCGCGCCGUCUGCGGGGUUUUGUUCUCGGGUCCUUUUUUAUAUAUUGAAAAAAAACUGCGGUCGGACUCGCAUCUCAACACGCGACUUCCUCCGACCGACCGACCCACGUCCUCUUCGUAAAGAUAAAGGAUGACCAUAUUGUUGUUGCCUGAAACGGGCACCUGAGAGGAAAAAUUGCUGUAAAAUGCCCAAAUUUGGGUCAUCCAGAACAGCACAGACUGAAACCUCUGACUGCAACAGCAACAUGGUUGAAAAACAGACUGGAAAGAAGAAUAAAGAAAAAAUUUCAUCUUACAACAGAACACCCAAAUUAGAUCGAAGUGAGUUGGAGAAAGAGAUGAAAGAAAAGUCUUCCAUGAAGCGUAAACUUCCCUUCACUGUUAGUCCAUCGAGGGGUGAGCAGAGGGAUUCCGACACAGAAAAGGAACCCCCUGAGAAAAAGAAAGCGAAAAAGGAGUCUGGCUGCAAGAAAUCUGUUCCUGUCAAGGCCACACUUGGGGGCAUACUGAUCGGGUAUCCACUAUCGGAGCGUCAGCAGAUGGCUCUAGUGAUGCAGAUGACAGCACGAGAUAACAGUCCAGAUUCUACUCCGAAUCACCCCUCUCAGACAACGCCAGGACAGAAAAAAACUCCAAGCUCCUCUUCCAGACAGAAAGACAAAGUUAAUAAACGAAAUGAGCGAGGAGAAACACCUUUACAUAUGGCAGCCAUUCGUGGUGAAACCAAGCAAGUUAAAGAGCUCAUCAUUCAGGGUGCCGAUGUUAAUGUCAAAGAUUUUGCUGGAUGGACUCCACUGCAUGAAGCCUGCAACUUGGGUUAUUAUGACGUUGCUAAACAGCUGAUUUUAGCAGGAGCAGAUGUCAACACCCGGGGACUUGACAAUGACACUCCAUUGCACGAUGCUGCAAGCAAUGGACACAGAAAUAUUGUAAAAUUGCUUUUACGCAACGGUGGAAAUGCAUAUCAAAUGAAUCAUCGUGGGGAGAGGCCUGUGGAUGUGGCUGAUUCAGAGGAGAUGGAGCAUCUUCUAAAAGGGGAGCUUCCCCUUUCUGAUGAUGAGGAAGAGGAGGAGAGUUGUACAGAAUUUGAAGAGCUACCAUCUGUGAAUCCUUCUAGUAUGGAUGAAAAUGUGGACGAUUCAGAAGUCGAAAAAGAAUUGAAAGCAGAUACUAAACAGCAGGUGGCGCCGUGCAAGCCACCUGUGUCAUCUGCAAUGGAUGAAUAUGAAUUCAAAGAUGAUGAUGAGGAAGAUGAUGGUGAUGAUGUUGAAGAAAUUAGCAAACUUGUGGAGAAUAAAAGGAUUCGGAGAAAGACUAGCAAGAAAACCAUCGAAAAGGAUAACAGCAGCUAUUCAACACCACUAAAGCUAGAUUUGCCCAAACCAUUUAAAAUGAAGAAGCAGAAAUCAGCAAGAGUCCUGGUUUCUUCUAGUUCUGAAAGCUCAGAUGAUGAGCCACAACUGGAGAAAAAGGUUUGUUCAAGCAGCUCGCUGGAGGUCGUUGCAGACAGCAGUAAAUCGGACGCAAGGACUAAGAAAGAAAGCAUAGCUAGUGAACAGAAAGAGAAGGGCAAAGGGAAGAAGAAAGUGAAGAAUCAAAGUAAAAACAAGGAGAACCAGGAAUUCAAUCAGGAAAAGGAAGAGAAGGAAAAUGCCAAAUUGGUGCUUUUUUCAUCGUGUUCUGGUUUAGAUUCUCUAGACCGGUCAAGAGAUGAGGAAUCGUUCAAAAAGUCUUUGAAUGCGAAAGAUGAUUCUUCAAGUCAUCCAUUCCACCUCGCAACAGUCAAAUCCCCCAAACAUGCGUGUGCAUUGAGCGAAAAACGAGGUAAACCACUUAAACAGGAAAAUGCUAAAACUGGUACUUCUCCAGGAGCCUCUGACGUGUCUUUUCAGGCUGAAGUUGUACGGUUUGAUCACCUUACAGACUCUGACUACACCUCUGAGAGUUCCAGCAAUAAGUCCUUCAAGUACAAAACAAAAAGCAAGCAUCACAAGAAUGACUUGCAUGCUGAUUUUGGUGAAAAGUCUGGUCAGAGAAGCAAAGACGAAGAGCCGGUCGUCUUUGAUAAUCUGGAGGAAGUGUUUAAAAAGACCGACAAAGAAGGCAAAGUUAUAAAGAAGCAUAAACUGAAGCACAAGGACAAAGAGAAAAACAAAAUUAAAAAAGAGCAUGAAACCGAGAAAGGAAAACACCGACAAAAGGAAAGCGAUAAAGAAAUGUCUACAGAGUUUGAUCGAGAAUACUGGAAAGAGAACUUCUUCAAGAACGAUGACACUAACGAAACGUUCAAAGGUGAAAGCUCGGAGCUCACCCCAUCAGAAAAGCCCUUAAAAUCUGAGAAAAUUUCAGUGAAAGAAGAGAAAGCAAUAAAAGAGAAAUAUUGCAAAGAAGAAAAAAUUUUGAAAGAUGACCGAGAGAGAGAAAAACCUAAAAAGAAUAAAAAGGAAAAGCACUAUAAGGAAGAAAAAGAAAUCAAAGUUACGGAUUUGGAAGAAAGAAAAGAAAUUGUACUGACAGAAAAAGAAGACCCGUUUUAUUCAAGUGUUUAUGUCAACAAAGAGCAUACAGAGUUUCCUGAAAAGGAAAAGAGCACAGAGAAAGACAGAUCUGAUAGCGUAGAUAAAGAAAAGAAGGAAAGCAAAGAGAAAGGUGAGAAGAAAUCAUCCACUAAAGAGAGGGAUUUUGAAAAAGCAGAAAGGAAACAUUCGGAUAGAGAGAAAAAGAUGAAACAUGAAAACAGAUUGGAGAGAGAGAAGUCUGAACUGCAUGAAAAGUCACAGGAAAAAACGCCUGCUAAGUUGCAGGAAAGCUCAGAAAAAACUAAAGAAAAAGAUAGAUCCAGUAAUUCCUACUCCACUGGAGAAAAGCCCCACAGGGAAAAUGAUAAAUUGAAGAAUGUGUUCUCGGUCCGAAAGUCUGAAGAGAAAGAGAAGAGUAAAGAAAUUGAGAGAAAACAUGAUCGAGAGAAAAGUGACAGGGAACGUCACACCAGUGGAUUGAGGGAGAAAGUGGAAAAAGACAGGCAUGGCUCUGAGAAAAAGGUUAAACUGCCUGACAAGGACUCGCAGGACAUCACUCCCAGUAAAGCCGAAAAAGUUAAAACCAAAGACCGCGAAAUUGAAAAAGAGCGUAAGAAAGAGAAAUCCAGAGAAAGAGAUGGCGAUUCUGUGCCAAACUCCAAGCACUUGCUGGAGGAGCGGAGACGUAGCUCUGUUGAGAGCAGCAAAGCAUCUCAUGAUAAAUUAAGCUCCUUGAAGGAUAAACUUAAAGACGAGUUCCUAAAAUCUCCUGAGACAAAGGAGAAGGAAAGGAAGCAAAAAGACCGAGUACCAGUGAAUGUUUCCAUUAAAUCAAAGGUCAAGGAAUCUGAAGGUGACAGACCAAAGCCUAAAGAUUCUGGUUCUGUGAAGGAUGUACGACCAAAAGAGAAGAAGCUUGUCAAUGAUGAUUUAAUGCAAACCAGUUUUGAAAGGAUGCUGAGUUUAAAGGAUUUAGAAAUUGAGCAAUGGCACAAAAAACACAAAGAGAAAAUCAAGCUAAAAGAAAAGGAACGACUGAGGCAUCGAUCUGGCAUGGAGCUCAAUAAAAUAAAAGAUCGUGAAAAACUGAAAAGUUCAACAGCAAGUAAAGAACUGACCAGAUCAAAGAGUUCGGAUCCUUCAGAAGCCCACGCUAAAGACAAGCAACUGAAAGACGCCAACAGUGCGAGAUCUUUGUCCACUGAUGCAAAGCCGAAUCUGCCAGAGACGCUAAGACCUUUCAUAAAUUGUGAGACUAAUUUAACUGCAUCUCCCAGACAAGAGCGGGACAGGGUAGGCCUGACCUCUCGAUCCAUAUCCAUGAUUUCAGUUGCCAGUUCAGAAGAUUCAUGUCAGACUUCAGCCGUUGCAACACCGCGCCCUUUAACAGACUACGAUUCAGACUUCACUCUUGAAGGGUCUGAGUCUCAGUCAUCGUUUUCUCAAUCAGUAUUUUUGUCCAGUGCCAAAUCGCCUGCUGUUUAUGAUCGAGACUCUGACGUUUUAACAGAUUUGCAAGAUCGACUUAAAUCGCCGUACUCCAGCAAGCUUCCGGGAUCUUAUCUGCGAUCAGUCUCUGUUGACACUGCAAGACUUGAAAGUGAAUGCAGAUCAAUUGGUGAUGUUCGGAGGUGCAGUAUACCAGUCAUUGCAAGUGACCAUGAAAAACAGCUCCACAAGCAACCUGAGGGGCACUUAACACUUUCAAAUGAAAAGCAUUGCAGCUUCUCACCAGCAGUGCAAGGACAUGCCUCUACAUCUCCUCGACCAGAACCACUCCGAUGCAGUGGCAAUGAAGAGAGCACCUCCAGCAGUACUUCCUGUUUACAUCCCUGUGCCUCAGCAAUUUCUGUUACUGCACCAAACAGUACUGAUUUGUCACAGGAUGCAAGCUCUAACAGUACAUUGCAAAGCAAUUCUCAGCAGGUGUCUGCAGUCCAGCCACCACAACCAAACUGUUUGAUUGAUGGGUAUCAGCCAAAUAAGUCUUUGGAAAUGUCCUGUGAUCAGUUUGAUGGCACUGUAAACAGUACCAAUGAUAAUAGCCAUUCGUCUACAACAACAUUGGAGAAAAAUGUUUUCAAUCCAUUAGAUGCUCCGCAGGAAUGUGAUAGCUCUGAUCAACUUCCAGUAGAGCCAUUAUUGAAGACUCCUCAUCGACUUAGCAAUGAAUCUUCCCAAGUUACAAAUCCUCCACAGACACAAUCUUGUUUUUCACCUCCUCAUCCUUCCAAUUCUUUUUCUACACGGCCAUCGGUGGACAUCGAGAGCGCUCCUCAAAUCGUUCCUGGUCCAAAGUCUGGAGUUCAAGAAGAUUCAUCUCAUCAGACUGUACAAGAUCUGGAUCAGACUUCAGCUUCAUGCCAACCAGUCUCGGAGGAUGUGGAAUUGAUUGGCGAGAAGGCUGCUACUCCUACGCCUUGCACAGGUGCUGAACUUGUAAAUCAAAAAUCUGUGGACAGUGUUGAAGAUGUGUCAAAUUAUUGCAAACCGGAUGAAAUGAAAGGAUUGGAAGCAAGUUCCUCUCUAUUGUCCACCAUAUUACCAGACAGCAGCACUGCAAGUGAAAGCCCUGUAAGCUCAACCUGCGUCAUAAAAAAUACUUUGGAUAAACCUGAAGAAAAGACGGAGGAAGACACACAAAAUCUUAACUCAACCAGCCAGGAGGCUAUGUGUUGUGAAGAAAGCUCAACAUUAGAAAGUAAGCCAGCAGAUGCAGCUGAUGAAAUGCAAUGUGAUCCACCAGUAGAGCCACUUGAACCACUGGUUUGCAAUGAACAUUCAAACGAAAUGUCAACAAGUGAGCAAGCUCCUGUCAUAGAAAGUAAAGCUCAACAGCAAGAUUCGUCACCUGAGAUGGAGGUUUCUCAAGAGUCUGCUCCUGCUGAAGGUCACACUCCAAUGAUGUGUGAGGCAGCAGAUGAACAAAGACAAUCCACUGAAACAGCAAAAGAGGAAUCAGAAGAGCAUGUCGAGGCUGACUGCGGAGGACAACAAGAUAUCCCUCAGAGGAUAACUCGUAACCGAGCAAACCUAAUAGCCAAUCAAAGUAAGCAAACUGCUGUUAAUUGUACACAGGCAGCUGACAAGGAGACCGAAUCCUCAACUACCAUGAAAAGCAAAUCAAAGUUUACAGAGGAGGAGGAUGGUCAAGGGCAUCAUCCACAUAGGCGAAAGAUGCCCCGGGUUCCACAUCCAGCUCAAGUAAAGUCUACGAUACAGCAGGCUAAAGAGAAGACCCAGCAGUCACUGGCAGCCAUCGUAGACUCCUUAAAAUUGGAAGAGAUUCAACCCUAUCAUUCAGAGAAGGGAAACCCUUACUACGAAUAUCUUCAUAUUAGAAAGAAGAUAGAAGAGAAGCGUAAAGUGCUGUGUAGUGUCACUCCUCAGGCUCCACAGUUUUAUGACGAAUACGUUACUUUUACUGGAUCCUACCUGCUGGAUGGAAACCCUUUGAGCAAACUUUGCAUUCCAACCAUAACACCUCCUCCAUCACUGUCAGAACCACUGAAAGAACUCUUCAGGCAACAGGAAGUGAUUCGAAUGAAGCUUCGAUUGCAGCACAGUAUUGAACGGGAAAAGCUCAUUAUGUCAAAUGAGCAGGAAGUUUUGCGAGUGCAUUACCGUGCAGCCAGGACGUUAGCAAAUCAGACGUUGCCUUUCAGUGCCUGCACUGUGCUUCUGGAUGCAGAAGUAUACAAUAUGCCUCAGGAUCCUCAGGCGGAUGAAAACAAAACAUCGGUGAGGGAUCGAUUUAAUGCACGUCAGUUCAUGUCCUGGUUACAGGAUGUUGAUGAUAAGUUUGUCAAAUUAAAGACAUGCCUUCUUAUGAGACAGCAGCAUGAAGCUGCAGCAUUGAAUGCAGUGCAAAGACUGGAAUGGCAGCUUAAAUUACAGGAGCUUGAUCCUUCUUCAUACAAAUCUCUGAGCAUUUUUGAAAUUCCGGAGUUUUACGUCCCUCUUGUUGAUGUCAAUGAUGACCUUGAGUUGACGCCAAUAUGAUUGUGCAUGUAUUUCAGAGGCCCUAACAAGUACAUAGUGGUUUAGUUACAAUCGAUACUCGAUUGUAUCAGGAGGGUCGCAAAGAGGCUUGUGUACUUGGCUGCAGAGCACUUUGAAGAGAAGUAAGGAACUGAGGAUACUGGUGCCUGUGGCAACAAUGGUGCAGUCCCAUAGAUGCAGAACGAUGUGAGAUUCAGCACUAACACACUGUGACUUCCAUCACUGUUUACCAGUAACCACUACUGUAUUUCAGUAGUAUAACAGUCUUGUAGCUGAUAGAUGGGUGUCAGUCACUCUACUAUCUGCCUUUACUUUAAAGUUUACAAGAUGGGGGCAUUAGCUGCAUACACUGUUAUGUUCACAUCAGCAGCGCUGGAAGCUGCAAAUUGAUAGAGGAAGUAGACAAGUGAUACUCUGAACUAAGAAGAAUUCAUAGUACAGUAGAACCUUACUCUGGCACCCACAGAGCGCUGCCUCAUUUAAAUUAUUAUUGAACAUUUGCUCCCAAUAAAAUACACCUUUCAUUUUCAAAUUUAAAAGCCCACUUCUGAUUUAAGAGGUGAAAAUUUGUGAAACCAUUUCAGAGAAAGAACAAAAUGCUUUGUCUACAUUAUUGUAUUGUUUUUUUUUCCUAGCUCCGUUCAAAACAAAAUUGUUAAUGUUAAGAGCACUUCUGCUGGAAUUUAAAAAAGUUUGUCUGUUUACAUGCUUGCACUUUUUGUUGAAAUCAUUCAUUUUGACCAUUAUAAGUAAUUUUACUGAA